CGUGUACACUUGCAUCAUAAAUUGAUUUCUAUAAAAACUAAAAUCGUUACGAAUAAUUUGUUUACGACUUGAUUCAUCCGAAAUAAACAUGAAAACUUUCGUUGCCGUUUUGUUAGGAAUUAUUCUAAAUGGAGUAUUUUGUAAACCUACCGAUAAAGCACCACAUAUGGAGCCGUGCGUUGAUCCGUUAAACUGUCUCCAUGGUGUCCUUAUGCAUGGCGACAACGAAGUCGGUGAUUCUCAUAAAACAGAAGACAAUUAUCUCAAAUUCAAGCCAGUUUUAGAAACAGGUCCAAAACAAAAGUCAGGACCACAAGAUGCCGAGGAAACAUUUCACGGCGCUUUAAUGCACGAUGAUAAGGAUCAUCCAAAUAACCAUAACGAGGAUAAAACGAAGCAGCCAAAGAAGCCAGUGGAAUCGUUUGGACCCAAAGAAACUAAUAAACUUAUGCAUGAUGUAAUGCAUGGCGACACAGAAAAGUCGCAUGAACAUGUACAUGAAAAGAUACCAGUUGAAAUCACUAACAAAGACCCUAGUGGUCCACCAGACGCCGAACAAAUGAUGCAUGGAAAUCUAAUGCAUGGAGGAGAAAAUGUUGAAAAUCAUCAUGUGCACUCACGACCAGAGGAAACAACACAAAAAUCUAAAGGUCCCAUGGACCAAAACACACUAAUGCACGAUCUCAUGCAUAGUGGGGAGCAUGUCGAUCAUUCGGAAGAAAAAGCGAAUGUUCCAGCUGCUCCAUCAGGGCCCAACUCAGAGACACUGCAUGGCAUACUGAUGCAUGGCGACUCUGACAUUGGACAUGAUCAUGGCCACGAUCACAACGAGUCAAAAAAUGUGCCUUUUAAAUUUGAUAUUGACGAAAUAAAGAAGCUUGGGAUUGAUCCUGAAAUUCUUAAAACAGUAUUAUCAGAAGACCAAGAGGAUUACAGCAAAUGGCAAACACAAAAAUUAUCAGAUACAGAUGACGAUUAUUACAAAGGAACGUAUGUGUCCAUUUCAGAUUCUAGCCUCGCAGACAUUGAACUCAUGAAACAAAGGUAUAUAAAACACGAAUUGAAUUCUGAAGAACAAAAAGAAUUCGAUGCUUAUGUUAAUGCUAAAGACAGUGACUUAAAUUCCGAUGAGAUGGCAUCAAAUUUGGACUUAGACUCGAUUGAGCAUGACACUGGUGACAUGCAUCAUGAUUUAGAACUGAUUGGAAGUACCCAACCUAUCAAUGAAAUACACAGUUCUCACAAACACAGACGAUGAUAUUUCAGUAAAUAACUCGUACUUAAAGACAACGUUCAAAUUAUUGUUUUUAUAUGAGUGUCGAGUUUUGUGUUAUUGCAUGGAAUAUGCGUUCAUACGCAGUUUACGUACAAUCCGGAAAGAAAUUAAAUUUAAUGUUAAGAGCUUUGGAAACAGGGCGACACUCUAGACUCUCACCAAGUCUCUUUUAUACAUAAUUUCUAUGUUUCCGUUGGUUGCAAUUAUUGAGUUAACUACACAUUUAACCUUUAAACUAAGUUGUGCUAAAAUUGGUGUUUUUAGGAUGAUCGAAUUUUGAAGCGUUUUAAAAUAAACAGCUUAGUGCUGUAUCAGACUAUUAAGACAACAAUCACAAGACAAGCUUAAUCACUUUCGCAUAGCAUGAAAAUGAAAUUGCUACACAAAUAAGAUUUUUUAGGGUCUAAAGAGUUUUGCAAUGACACUAUAAUAAAAUAUAAACGAAUAAGAUGUAAUCAUUUUGUAAAGAAAGACAAAUAAAUCAACACAACAAU